CCCGAUGCAUAAAACGGCUCAUCCGGUGCUGGCCGAGCUCAAGUUACGGACGGCACCGCAGAUUCUGUGGAACCUCAUACCGGGUCUGAGUGCACGCGCUGCCCCGCCGAGUGAGCUUGCAAGUCGGUUUGUGCGCUCGCUGCUCCCGCUUCACUCAACUUCCCCACCGCCGGGCAGGACGAACACCGGCGACCAUGGGCUCGUCUUGGCUUGUACUUCACGCAACUGUUGGGGCUCUGUUGGUUCUGCUGGGUUCGGCAGACCAUGAUGAGAGCAACAUAGAGCAGCGCGAGAUCACCUUUGACAUUGGUGCCAUCAUGCAAGAGGAGCAGUUACCAGAAUCAUUUGUGAUGCAGCAAGAGGCAGACUUGUCAGAUCUGGUUGAUACGAGAGACUUCCCCGUCCCGGAAAUAUUGGACACUCCAAGAGGCAGAGGUUCCAGACCUGCAUCCUUUUCACCUAGAGGACGCCGUCCAAGUGUUGGAUCCCGCUCCGAGAUCCCAGUGCUGGACUAUCCCGUUCAGUUCCCACUCGGACGACCCACCUCCGACAAUCUCCAGGCCGUCUGUCUUUAUGGAGACCUUCGCCCUCGCUACCCCGACUCCUACUUCCCCCGCUCAGGGUUUGGCAAAUUGCGGCGUCAGGCCAGCUCCGUCAAUAAUGCCGAGUCGUGGUUGAGCACGUGCUGUGCAGGCAACCAGACGUGGGGGACGGAGGUGACGCUUUGCUGCGCCACGCAGGCGUGGGAGAUGUCUGUGGAAAACUUCUGCGAGGAGGAUUCAUCUGUCAAAGACCGACUUUAUCACUGCUGCAGAAAGGCCGGCCGCCAGAGGUUUGACUGUUUCCAAAACGACUCUCCCAAUCCACGCUACGAGCCGACCGAGGCUUUACCGGUGGUCCCCCUUCCCGCUACAGUCGACUUCAGCUUUGACAAAAACACAUGCCGCAGGACAAAAGUGAGUCAACCGGCCGUCAGUGACAGCAGAGGGAUGGAACAGUCCGGUUCCCAGAAAAGUGAAAUCAACUUCCCCCCCGGUCGACCCAGCGUGCAUAACGUGGAAGCGCUGUGUCGCAACCAGAAGCAGCGACCCCUGUACAGCAUCAAGUGCCUGCCAAGCACCGGCUACGAGCUGCUGGCUCGUCAGGCCAAGAUCAUUAAUCGUAUGGAGAAGGGAUAUAAACAAUGUUGCAAGAAGAACCAGGACGUGCUUGUGUGUGCUGAGCAGAAGUGGCGCGACGCACUCGGUAGGUUUUGUUCCGGGAAGAAGGGCGGCAAGGUUGACUACGAAUGCUGUUUGGGCAGCACAGCUGGUGAUAAGCUUGACUGUUUCCAGUCCACAUCUCCCGACCCGCAUUACAACAUGACGUUCUCCCAGGACGAGUUGUCUCCUAACAUCUGUCAGUCCCGCAAGGUCAUCAAGAAAGUGUUGCCAAAUGACUUUCAUGCCAAGAGCAUUUUGGAUGAAUGCUGCGCCCGUUCACCACAAGACCAUAAGUCUUGCUUUGUCCAAAAGGUUGAGGAAGCAUCUGUGCGUAUGUGUACGUCAAAGAAGCCAUCGCCUCCUGUCGCCCGCCGCUGUUGCCGCAUUGCUCCUGAAGAGCAACCAAAGUGCGUCACUAGCUUUGUCAUGGAUGCCAUCACCAAGGCAACCAAGGUCUCCAACCAGAAGAAGAAGAAAAGAUGCCCCCUUUAAAAGUCCAACUGGAUGAAUGAUGCACUUCCACCAGCUGUGACACAUGAUCACUGAAUAUUCGUCUUGCACAAAUGCCACUUCUUAACACGUGGACCAAAUUUGUGCCUCAUCUACUGCCAGUAUUAUUUGUAUCUUUCUAUCCUGAGUGCCUUUCUAAAGAAACAGAUUUUUUAAUUGUUUAAUACAUCCUUUAUGAACCAGAUUAUUGUCUGUGUGUCCCUGUACCACUAUUUUUUAAAGGCUGCCCUAUAUAUAGAUUUGUGUGCAUUUGUUUGUUUUGAAACCAUAUACUUUUCUUCUGUUUAGUUGGGUUUCCUGUCAAGAUUACAAGUAAAACUGUUCUAAUAAAGUUUUUUUUCUAAAUA